AUGACUAGCUACGAUUCGGACUCGAGAGUAGGUACCUCGACUAAGCAAAAGACUUGGCAGCCAACCAGGACUGUGACAUAUCGAACUACACCACAGACGAUAGCUCGAUUCAGUGGCAUUGACCACCGGAACAGUUGGAUUAUAGCCCGUGUUGUGGCCUUUUCUAGCCAAUUCGUGUCCGAAUGCGCACAGCCUGGAUGCAAGGCCGGAAACCUUGGUGCUGGAACUUUGUCAUCACUUCUCUCGACAAGCCCACCAAUUUCUCAGUUUCCCCCGUGGAGUAGACUACGUAGAAGCAACCUGUCAUGGAGGUCCGGGUUCAGCCUGUCUUCCAAGGCCCUUCUUUCCAGUUCUCCUCUUCGCACAUCGCACAUCUCGACUCCUCCUGCUUCCUCCCUCACCCCCCGUUUCGUGCCCCAUUCUCCAUAA